AUGCUUCAGCUAUAUGGAUCGUCUCAUCUCUCUCGAAUCAGGCGUGAAAUCUUGCUUAGGGAUGUCCAGAAGCGAUGCGCAAAGGUCGUAUCCGUCGAUGCCAUCUAUGUCCAUCUCAUCGAGAUAUCCGGAGAGGAGAUACUCCAACCAGGAUCUCAGCCGCGCAUGAUUCUGAACCAGCUGCUAGAGUAUGGCGAUGACAUCACGCUACCCGGGACGGCAGACGCACUGCUCUCAGAGCGGAAUCUAAUCUUCGUUUUGCCCAGACCAGGCUCUGUCUCUCCUUGGUCCAGCAAGGCUACCGAUAUCGCUGCGAUAUGUGGUUUAAGGAACUCCGUGAAAAGGGUAGAACGAGGCGUGACGUUCAUCUUUCAAUGUGGGCACAAUACAAUCACCGCGGAGGAUGUCUCUUCGUUCUCGGACCUCAUUCACGAUCGUAUGACUCAAGUGGUCCAGCUUACACGACCCAAUGCCGACGUUCUCUUCGCACACAAGUCCGCAAGCCCUCUCGUGACGGUCGAUUUGCUAUCAAACAACGCCGACGGCCAAGCCGCCCGCGCACGGCUGACCGCUGCUAAUAAGGAGCUCGGGCUGGCCCUCUCGUCAGACGAAAUAGACUACCUUGUCGACGCGUUCGUUUCUGGCGUAGCUCCCAUAAGCCGUAACCCCACUGAUGCGGAACUGUUCAUGUUCGCUCAAGUUAAUUCCGAGCACUGUAGACACAAAAUAUUCAACGCCUCGUGGAGCAUUGACGGAGCCGCUCAGGACACCUCUCUAUUCCAAAUGAUCCGGAACACCGAAAAGCUCUGUGGUAAGGGCACGAUUUCCGCCUACUCCGACAAUGCUGCCGUCUUUCAAGGACACAGUGCGCCCCGGUUUAAUGUAUCACUUGCGCCACACAGCCCCCCGCUUUACCAGGCGCAGAUCGAGGAUAUGCCAAUCCUGGUCAAAGUAGAGACGCAUAACCAUCCAACGGCGGUAUCGCCUUAUCCUGGAGCGGCGACGGGCUCUGGAGGGGAGAUCAGAGACGAAGGUGCCGUCGGGCGGGGGUCGAAGCCUAAAGCUGGUCUGGCGGGGUUCACUGUCUCAAAUCUGCUCAUCCCUGGCUACGAGCAGCCUUGGGAGUCGGAUUUCGGCCGUCCCGUCCACAUCGCCUCCGCCCUAGAUAUCAUGAUCGACGGGCCCCUCGGGGCAAGUGCCUUCAACAACGAAUUCGGCCGUCCCGCCUUGGCAGGCUACUUCCGCACAUUUGCAGAACGGGUGCCUGCGGAGAACGGCGAGAUGGAAGUACGAGGGUACCACAAACCCAUCAUGCUCGCCGGUGGGCUGGGAAAUGUCCGGCCGUCCUUUGCUCUCAAGUCCAAAAUAUCUCCCGGUGCCAAAAUUGUCGUCCUAGGUGGGCCGGGUCUGCUCAUUGGCCUCGGAGGAGGUGCUGCGAGCAGUCAGGUCUCUGGUGCCGGCUCUGCUGAGUUGGAUUUCGCCAGCGUUCAGCGUGACAACGCAGAGAUGCAGAGGAGAUGCCAGCAGGUGAUUGAUGCUUGCGUCAACCUGGGCGAGGGCAAUCCGAUCCAGUCCAUACACGACGUCGGCGCCGGUGGCCUGUCAAACGCGCUGCCCGAGCUGGUCCAUGACUCGGGCUUGGGAGCUACCUUCGAGAUCAGAGACGUUUUGGUUGCGGACUCCAGUAUGUCUCCCAUGGAGAUAUGGUGCAAUGAGAGUCAGGAGCGAUACGUCCUCGCCAUCUCCCCUGCAAAAGAGUCUGAAUUCAAUACUCUGGCUAUCCGUGAACGGUGUCCGUUUUCGAUAGUAGGUGUCGCUACUGUCGAAGAAGAGCUGGUCGUCACAGAUCGGCUCUUUAAUGAGGACGUCAUUCGCUUGAAAAUGUCGACGUUAUUUGGCAAGCCUCCCAGGAUGCAUCGCUCUGAUGAUACCCGGGCAGUAAUCUACCGCGCAUUCGAUGCCUCGUUGUCGCAAUAUGCGCCUUCAACGCCCGCUCUGACGGACAGGCUUUCCGUGGCCAUUGAACGCGUAUUGCGCCUCCCCUCUGUCGGCUCCAAAUCGUUCCUCAUCACCAUCGGCGACCGCACCAUCACCGGCCUUGUCACUCGGGACCAGAUGGUCGGCCCGUGGCAAGUCCCGGUGGCAGAUGUCGCAGUGACCCAAACGUCCUACGGCUUCGAUGUGCAGUAUGGCGAGGCCAUGGCCAUGGGUGAGCGCACACCCAUCGCCCUACUCAACCCUGCGGCGUCUGCGCGCAUGGCCGUCGCCGAGUCCCUAACCAACCUCACCGCCGCGCACGUCGGCGAGCUCGGCCGUGUCAAACUGAGUGCUAACUGGAUGUGCGCCGCCUCCAAGGUCGGCGAGGGCGCUGCGCUCUACGCGGCAGUGCAGGCUGUGGGGAUGGAGCUGUGUCCCGCGCUUGGUGUGGGCAUCCCCGUGGGCAAGGACUCGAUGUCGAUGUCGAUGAAGUGGAAGCAGGGCGCCGAGCAGCGCGAGGUCAGUGCGCCGUUGUCGCUUAUUGUUACUGCGUUCUCUGGCGUCGAGGACGUCGGUGCUACGUGGACCCCCCAGCUCCGGACGGACGUGGGUGAGCCCACUGCCCUGAUGUUCUUCGAUCUGGCUGGGGGCAAGACCCGUCUCGGCGGAUCGGCGCUCGCCCAGGUGUUCAAGGAAAUUGGAUCGGAAGCUCCUGACGUCGAGGACGCUGCCCUGCUCAAGGCGUUCUUUACUGGGUGCCAGAAGAUCAGGGAGACGGAUCCUGAUCUGGUCCUCGCAUAUCACGAUAGGUCAGAUGGAGGUUUGUUCACCACUAUCGCGGAGAUGUCCUUUGCUGGUCGUGCUGGCGUGGAGGUAGUUCUCGACAACAUCAGCACUGUCGCUGAUCCCGUCUCAAUUCUCUUCAACGAGGAGCUGGGUGCUGUCGUCCAGGCUCGCCGGUCUCAAAUUGCUCGCCUCACAACCGUUUUCCAGGAAGCCGGAUUUCCCUCAUCUGCUAUUCAAUGCAUCGGAAGUAUCAUUAAUGGUGCCGCUGAUCAGAUCUUCACCAUUGUCCAGAAGUCGAGGACGCUAUUCUCCAGCACUCGUGCACAACUGCAGCAAGCUUGGGCAGAGACGUCUUUCCGGAUGCAGUCUUUGCGGGAUGACCCUAUAUGUGCAAAGGAGGAGUUUGAUAUCAUCGCGGACGACACAUACAAGGGACUGUACUAUGAUUUGUCCUUCCCGACAGUCUCCAUCCUCAAUUUUCCGACACGGCCCAAAGUUGCUAUUCUCCGGGAACAAGGUGUCAACGGACAGGUAGAGAUGGCAUGGGCAUUCAGCGCCGCGGGAUUCGAUGCGAUCGACGUUCACAUGUCCGACAUUCUCAAGGGCACAACCUCGCUGGCUGACUUCCGCGGUGUUGCGGCCUGCGGCGGGUUCUCGUAUGGUGAUGUGCUCGGGGCAGGCAAGGGGUGGGCGAACUCGGUGCUCCUGAACGACAUAGCGCGGGCAGAAUUCUCGACCUUCUUCGAACGAGCAGACACUUUCGCUCUGGGCGUGUGCAAUGGGUGUCAGUUUAUGAGCCACCUGCGUAGUAUCAUUCCGGGCGCACAGUCGUGGCCGGACUUCAAGCAGAACCGGAGCGAGCGAUUCGAAGCGCGUGUAUGCGUGGUGGAAGUAGUACCUGGACGCGUGACAAGCUCGUCUGUGUUCCUACACGAUAUGGUCGGCUCCAAGCUCCCCGUGGCUGUCGCGCACGGAGAGGGACGGGUCUCGUUCCGAGCAUCAAGUGGGCAGGAAGCAUUGGAGUCUGCAGGAUUGGUCGCGUUGCGCUAUGUCGACUCUACUGGCGUGCCGACCGAAGUGUAUCCACAGAAUCCGAACGGUAGCCUAGGAGGCAUCACAGGCAUACAGACUCCCGACGGUCGUGUUCUCGCGCUGAUGCCGCAUCCGGAACGAGUUACGAGGUUGGAGUGCAACAGCUGGUAUCCUCCGGGUUUCAAGGAUUCGUGGAAGGGGGUGGGGCCGUGGUUUAAGCUGUUCCAGAAUGCGCGAAGGUGGUGUGGUAAUUAG